AAAGAUUGUCUUACAUAAGCAAUUUAAAAAAAUAGUGAGAUUAAAAACUUCAUGAUACAAGUAGAGUACUUAUUAGAAAUAUUUAGAGAGAAACUUAAGCGGAGAUUGGUGUGUGUUAGAAAACAUGGAAUCCAUAAAAGAAGCAACAGCAACAAGAGUACAAACUCUAUCACAAUCAAACCUUCCAAAAGUACCACCUCAAUACAUUCAACCGCCACAACACCGUCCUAACAACCAUCUUUCUUCUUCUUCAACUACAAUUCCUCUCAUUGACCUUUCUCUUCCUUCCACUUCUCUCCUUUUUCAAUUAUCUUCUGCAUGCCGCCAUUGGGGAGCUUUCCAUGUACUCAAUCAUGGCGUUUCCAUCAACCUUCUUCAUCAAAUGCGCACCGUUGGAUCCUCUUUCUUUGAAGAUCUUGAUUCUUCUGAGAAAUUGAAGUAUAGUUGUGAUCCAUCCUCCCCUGCUUCUCAAGGGUAUGGUAGUCGUAUGCUUGUCAGUGACAAAGACGACACUGUUUUGGAUUGGAGAGAUUAUUUUGAUCAUCACACUUACCCUCUUUCUCGUCGUGACUCUUCUCGCUGGCCAGAUUAUCCUCCUAAUUACAGGAAUGUGGUGGAAGAAUAUAGUGAACAGAUGAAACGGCUUGCUCAGAAGCUAUUGGCUCUGAUAUCGGAAAGUCUAGGUUUACGAUCUUCAUGUAUCGAGGAUGCCGUGGGUGACAUUUAUCAAAAUAUAACUGUCAGCUAUUAUCCACCUUGCCCUCAGCCAGAACUCACGCUCGGAUUGCAGGCUCAUUCUGAUUUUGGUGCUAUAACCCUACUCGUCCAGGAUGAUGUUGGUGGGUUAGACGUCUUGAAAGACGGAGAAUGGAUCUUUGUACAACCAUUAUCUGAUGCCAUUGUAGUGAUCCUUUCUGAUCAAACUGAGGUCAUUACAAAUGGAGAAUACAAGAGUGCUGUACAUCGAGCCAUAACCAAUGCGAAUAAAGCUCGGCUGUCAAUGGCCACCUUUCACGACCCUGCCAAAACUAAAAGAAUAUCUCCAGCUCCAGAGCUUGUCGCAAAAUCUGGAGCCAAGUAUCAGGAGUUGCUUUAUGGGGAAUUUGUUAAAUCAUGGUACACUAAGGGCCCUGAAGGCAAGCGGAACCUUGAUGCACUUCUACUGUAAUACUUAUGUCAUGAAAUGUUCGUUUACUUUGUUUAAAAUCUCCUUAGAGAUUACUGCUUUUGAUUUCCUUGUGUAGAUGACAAUUUCUUUGGGAAUAAAGAAAUGCGCUGCUUACACAAUGGCACAUUUUAACGUCAACAAAUGUAUUCACACAAAGUUCAUGUGCUGAUAGUCAUGUUAUAUAACGAAAUUGCUCAAAUGUUGAAUAAUGUUGUGUAACUGGGUGAUGAAAUAGCUUUUGCGGUCAGUA